GUUUUUUGAAAAAAUGGAUAUAGUAGGAAAGGCCAAGAAGAUGGUGACGGGAAAGCUGGCAGAGAUGGAGAAACCGGAGGCGAGCAUCACCGACGUCGACGUUAAAGGCAUCGGCAUGGACGGAAUCUCGUACCACGCCAAGGUCGCCGUCAAAAACCCAUUCUCGGUCUCCAUCCCCAUCUGCGAGAUCGGGUACGUCCUGAAGUGCGCCGGCAGGGUGAUAGCCUCCGGCACCGUCCCGGACCUGGGGUCGGUGAAGGGGAAGGACACGACGGAGUUCGACGUGCCGGUUAAGGUGCCGCACAGCGUGGUCGUGAGCUUGGUUCGGGAUAUCGGUCGAGAUUGGGACAUUGACUAUCAGCUCGAGCUCAGCCUCGUCGUUGACCUUCCCGUCGCCGGGAACAUCACCAUCCCGCUCUCCCACUCCGGCGAAAUCAAGCUUCCCAGUCUCUCUCUCUUCUCCACCGCCUCCGCAAAUUAAAUGACAAAAGUAUCCGAUCCAUGCAUGUCCAUGUGUAUAUACUCCGUAUAGUAUAAUUGACAUCAAUACCGCCGCCGGAUAAUAGUGAGUUCGGCCGCCGGCUAAUAGUGAACACGGCAGCCGGAGGAUAGUCAUAUACGGAGUAUAUACUCCGGUAUAAUGGAAUAACUUUUCUUGUGUUAAAUAUUACUCCGUACUAGUACUUAAAGUAUUAAUAAGAAGUUAACUUUGAUAUUGUCAUUUAGCUCAG